AUGGUAUCCAAAAGGAAUCCGUCUCCGCAAGCGCUCAAGCCCGCCCCGCCAAGCCUCCCAGUAUACGAGAGACAGCAACCGUCGGAGGCUAGAGCGGACCAGCCGCUCUAUGGGUCGAAAGGGCCCUCCCUGCUGGACGUUGGUCGAAGAGCAAGGGAGGCCAUGCUAGAGAAUGAGGGGAACGUGGCCUCUCUGGCCCUGCUGCUUCCCAAGAUGAGCCUCGUCCCCAGCGCAGAGCAAACAGAAGAGUCCAGGCCCCCACAAUAUCAGAUCUCAGACGGAACAGGAGCUGCCAUUUCGGACACCAGCUCAGCAGGAAACUUGAGGAGGAAACAUUUCAGCCCAGAGUAUGGCCGAUGCUUUGCCUUCAGAUUGGCUCUUGCCAGACACCAGAGAAUCCACACAGGGGAGAAGAUCCAGGAAAACUCUGAGAGCGGGGAAUGUUUGGGUCAGAAUUCGGAGCUUGCGAGCCAUUUGGAACCCCCCAAGUCUUCGGAGUUCAGGAAGGUUCUUGUUCAUCAGCCCAUCGUUCUGAUCCACCAGAACAUCCAUACAGGAGGAGAUAACUCAUAUCGCAGUUUGGAGUGUGGGGAAGGUUUUUCCCAACUUUCAGAUUUUGUGAAACAUGAAAGAGGCCACAUGGGAGAAAAACACUGCAAAUAUGGCGAGAGUAGGAUCGGGUUCCCCAAGAGAUCACAGCUUUGUGAACACUGUAAAGUCUACACAGGAGAGAAGCCCCACAAAUGCAGUGUGUGUGGGUUAUGCUUUUCUGUUAGGUCAAAACUUGUUAACCAUCAGCGAACGCACACUGGAGAAAAACCCUAUAAAUGCCUGGAGUGUGGGAAAUCAUUUGCUCACAAGUCAGGCCUUGUAAUCCAUCAGAGAACCCACACAGGAGAAUGGCCCCAAAAGUGCCUGGAGUGUGGAAAAUGUUUCCCCUCAAAAACAAAUCUCAGGCGACACCAGAGAAUCCACACAGGAGAGAAGCCCUAUGAAUGUAGAGAGUGUGGGAAAUGUUUUUAUGAGAAGGCUGUCCUUCUGAGGCAUCAGACUGUUCACACUGGAGAGAUGCCCCAUAAAUGUGUGGAGUGUGGGAAAAGCUUUAUUUCAGCAUCGGAACUUGUAAUCCACCGGAGAAUCCACACAGGGGAGAAACCGUAUGAAUGUGUGGAGUGUGGGAGACGGUUUUCCCAGAAACAGCACCUCCCCAGACAUCAGAAGGUGCAUACGGGAGAGAAACCCUACAGAUGCAUGGAGUGUGGGAAAUGCUUUGCUAGCCUGUCAGAGCUUCGUGUACAUGAAAGGAUACACACAGGAAUGAGACCAUAUGAAUGUGGAGAGUGUGGAAAAUGUUUUUCUGUUUCAUCAGGCCUUACUGUUCAUAGGCGAGUCCACACAGGAGAAAAGCCACAUAAAUGUUUGGACUGUGGAAUGUCAUUUACUUUAGCACAUCGUCUUAGGGGGCACCAGAGAAUCCACACUGGGGAGAAACCCUACAAAUGCACCAAGUGUGGAAAAUGCUUUUCCCAGAAACAACACCUCAAGCGGCAUGAAAAAAUCCACACUGGGGAGAAACCCUACAAAUGCACCGAGUGUGGAAAAUGCUUUCCCCAGAAAUCAUACCUUCAUGUACACCAGAGAAUCCACACAGGAGUGAGGCCAUAUGAAUGUGGAGAGUGUGGGAAAUGUUUUUCUGUUUCAUCAGGCCUUACUGUUCAUAGGAGAGUCCACACAGGAGAAAAGCCACAUAAAUGUUUAGACUGUGGAAUGUCAUUUACUUUAGCACAAAGUCUUAGGGAGCACCAGAGAACCCACACAGGAGAGAAACCCCACAAAUGCUUGGAGUGUGGCAAAUGUUUUUCAAGGAAAGGCACCCUUGUGAAACAUCAGAGAACCCACACAGGAGUGAGGCCAUAUGAAUGUGGAGAAUGUGGAAAAUGUUUUUCUACUUCAUCAGGCCUUACUGUUCAUAGGAGAGUCCACACAGGAGAAAAGCCACAUAAAUGUUUAAACUGUGGAAUGUCAUUUACUUUAGCACAAAGUCUUAGGGGGCACCAGAGAACCCACACAGGAGAGAAACCCCACAAAUGCUUGGAGUGUGGCAAAUGUUUUUCAAGGAAAGGCACCCUUGUGAACCACCAGAGAACCCACACAGGAGUGAGGCCAUAUGAAUGUGGAGAAUGUGGAAAAUGUUUUUCUUUCUCAUCAGGCCUUACUGUUCAUAGGAGAGUCCACACAGGAGAAAAGCCACAUAAAUGUUUAGAUUGUGGAAUGUCAUUUACUUUAGCGCAAAAUCUUAGGGGGCACCAGAGAACCCACACAGGAGAGAAACCCUAUAAAUGCAUGGAGUGUGAAAAAUCAUUUUCUCAGAAACAACACCUCAAGCGGCAUGAAAAAAUCCACACUGGGGAAAAGCCCUACAUAUGCAUGGAGUGUGAAAAAUGUUUUGCCCACAAAUCAUACCUUCAUGUACACCAGAGAAUCCACACAGGAGCGAGGCCAUAUGAAUGUGGAGAGUGUGGGAAAUGUUUUUCUUUCUCAUCAGGCCUUACUAAGUCAUACCUUGUGAUCCAUCAGAGGAUCCACACAGGAGAAAAACCUUACAAGUGCUUGGAGUGUGGGAAAUGUUUUUCUCAGUCAGCACAUUUUCGCAGACACCAGAAAGUCCACACAGGAGGAGACCUUCCCAAUGUGUAG